GUGAGUGUUUUAAUGCAUCAACUGCGAAUGGGUGCUCCAUCGACUGGGGCUCUACCUGUAACUUAUCAGCUGUAUUGUUUGUUAUUAUUCUAGUGCAAUUAGCCCAUGUUUGGCAACCGAUUCUACAUGAUUUCACCACAUUUCUCCUGCUUCUGGGGUAUUUGUUUUUGACUAUCGUCGUACACACCUGACAAACAAGUAUGGGAGAAGUACCUGAAAAGUCAGAUAAGGAUGUUAAAUCACUUCCACAAUGCAAUAGGCGGAGACAAGAAAUCAUCCACUUAAAAAUCUUGGUACCGUCGGUAGCAGUCGGCGCUAUUAUUGGCAAAGGAGGAGAGUCCAUUGCAAAGAUCCAGAAGGAAACUGGCGCAAGGAUUAAAUUAUCGAAAGUAAAUGACUUGUAUCCCGGGACUGAAGAAAGAGUUUGUCUGAUUCAAGGGACCUUAGAGGGUGUAACUCGUAUGCACAAUUACAUUAUGGAUCGUGUUCUGGAAAAACCAGAAUGUUCUGGUACUGCUGCAUCAUGUGUCACCACUAAUACUAUUUCAACUUCGCGUUCUGAAAAUGUUGCUAUCAGUUCUACUACUCAGGGUGACUCGGGUAGCAAUAUGCCACACUUGCAGAAGGGGUCCACUUGGUCUCAUAACUUAGAACUCUCAGGCAGUCGUUUACCAUGGGGUCGACAUAAACAGGUUAAGAUCUUGGUCCCAAACUGCACUGCGGGUCUUGUAAUUGGGAAAUUGGGUAGUUAUGUCCGAGAGAUAAAAGACAGAACAGGGGCCUUUAUACAGAUUUCACAGAAGUCUGUCGAAAUCAAUUUAUUGGAGCGCUGUAUAACUAUUGCAGGUGAACCAGAUCAGUGUCGUGCAGCUGUAGAUUUAGUUUUAGCCAAAAUAGCCGAGGACCCCCAGUCAGCCAUCUACCCUGCCAUUUCUUACUCACAUGUACGUGGUCCUGUAGCGAGCGCUUAUCCAACUGGGUCUCCUUUUGCAAUUAUGCCAUCUGUUCGAUUCGAUGCAAGCCAAGGUUCACACUUACGCUUACCUCCUGGUCGUGGUGCUUCUUGUGGUAACAUCGAAGGAUGGGAUGAUAAUGUACCAAGUGGUGUUGGUUUCUCAGCCGUUGCUAAUCCUUUUGGAUCGUCUCUUUUCCAUGCUGCGUUACUCCAGGUACAAGCCGCGGCUCUGGCGGCAAAUCUAAAUACCACCGGUUACUACCCAACUCUGCCAUCUGUAGAUAUGGCUCCAACUAAUAUGCCCACCUUGUUUACUCAUGGACUAUCUACAAAUAUCGGGUACGUACCACCUGAGGAUGCCACUGUACUACCGCCAGCUUUGCCAGAGUAUGGGCAAGGAUUCUGUUCAGCUACACCUACUGGUAAUGUCCCUCUAUUAGGUAGUGGAGGGGGUGCAAGUGGAGGCGGUUCGAAUACCGGCGGAGGGAGUGGCGGACACGGAAGCACUUUAUUGCACGAAAGUAUUUGGCCCAUUGGUGAAUCUCAAAUUCAGACACCCACAUGUUUUGAUGCAGCUUAUCCGGGACCCUUAAAUUUCGCUAUUUAUCCAACGAAUCAAUCACUUUUAACUGCAAUGGCUUCUAGACACCCCAGUGAAUCAUAUCCAUCUCAUCCAGAUAUAUUCGCACCAUCUAGUCCAUACAUGACUGGUAUAUCUCAGCCAUCAUUCACGAUUCCAUAUAGUACUUCACCAUCAUUAAUGGGUGGUAAUGGUGGGAAUCUUGUUGGUGUUCCUCAAAUAGACCCAGGGAGUCCUCACCUUGCUACACUUUACCCUGGCAUUUCUCCUUCUUUGUGUUUAUCUCAACCUUUUCCUGUUAGUGUUAGUUCGGAAAUGGAUGUAAAAGUUGCACCGAUUAGACAACAACCACCAACAUUAAAUGAAUUAUUGGGAUCAUUGCGUUUGGGUUGUAAAACUGAAGAUGUAUCUGAAAUAAACCAAACAUUCUCAACUCUUACACAUCAUGGAUUUCUGAAUAUGGCUGGGUCAGGACCAUUUCCCCUCAUAUCACCUGCAGGUUCUCAACCAGCUAGUUAUAUAGCACCUCUUCUUGCUACGCAUUUACCGUCACCAACUGCAGAAAGUAGACCAAGUGUAAUUUUACCAGAAGAUAAUUCGGCCAACUGGUUUGUUGGAUUGCGUUCAUCUACUGUUCCUGAUACUAGUUUCAUGAGAACUUCCAAACAUACACCUUCUUAUUCAGACUCUACUAGUAAUGUUUAUUCACAUAAUCAAAGUUUGGGUGUUCCUUCGAAACAAAAUCAAUCAUAUUCAGAGUUAGUCUCAGGUCAUGUACAUCAUCCUGAUCAAUCGAUAUGUUCACAGUCCUCUGGGUGUAUUCCUACUAAAGAAGAAAAUGUUAUACACACAUUCCCUUCCAAAUCACAUGAUGCACAGUUUUGUGAAUUCAGUGCAUCAUCAUCAGUCAAUGUCGAUGUUGGUGAAGACCCUGUGGCAUCUACUACUCUUACUGAAGUUAGUAAAAACCAAUCUCUAUGCAGUUCUAAAGACAUUGUUUGUUGUUGUAGCUGUCCUGUUGUUGGUGGUAGCUCACUCAGUAUCCAUACAACUUCGUCAAGUCCUUCAUUGGUAUCAUGUACUUGUUCGAGUAAAUUAAAUUUCAAUGAUUCAUCAACAGGAUGUCAGCAAUCAGAACCUGUAGUAACUGAAUCUCCCUCAACCAAAACUAAUAUUCUACAAGGAAGCAAAAUGUCUUCCAGUAAUGAACAAAAUACAUCACCGUCACAUCAAAUUAAAACGGAUAGUUAAUCAUACCGUAGUGUCAUGACCAAAUGCAUCUAGUGGAUUAGCUAGCUAAUUUGCUUGACGUAUCUUUAAAAUAGUAUAUGCAAUCGGGGUAAUCCGCAAAUUAUAUGGACAGCUUGCUCAGACACUUGUUUUGUAUCGAUGAUUGUCUUUGCAGAAUAAUCAGAAAUUUAAAUUAACGAUAUACGAACUUAGUUUUUGGAUGUUGAAGUUAUGAAUAUAUUGUACUAUAUACAGUAGUCUUCGGUUGUCAAAUGCUAUCAGUAGAGAUAUUGUCACAAUUUUAUUUCAUACUUCCCCGCUCACUUGUUGCAGAUCGUAGCUUCCAAUCAAAACUUGGAAAAUUGUUUACAGAUUGAAAGAGGUGGGCCCUAACUCAUCCUGUUUUACUCCUCCGCUUAAUGUAUGCAUAUUUAUAUAUCCUGCAUAAAAGUUCGGUUUUAUCUUUAACUUAAUAUCGCAGAUAAUUUGCCCGGUGUCUUCGAGAUCCUUGUAUCCUGAUUUCUCUAUUUUUGUGUCCAUACUGUCCCAGCACCUAUCUUAUGUACAGAUAACUUUUGUUCUUUAAACAUUAUUCAAACAAAAACAUUUAAUCGUUGCCCAAAUUCUUCACUACGUCCAUCCACGCUACUAGAGUAAUAAAAAAGAUAAUGAUUUUUGUAAAUUAAAACCAGAUCUUUUAUUUAUCUCAUUCGUUUUUCUUCUAGUAGAAAUAUUUUACGUUUUUUGACAAUUACUAUCCACUGAGGUUAGUUUCACCACCAAUACUUCUGUCUAGGUUAUUCUUAACUAGUUGUGAAACGUAUCAUGCACGAAUGCUUAGAAUGACUAUUUUUGUGAUUAGUUAUAUUCCAAUUUUCAGACAGAAAGUUCUAGUGGCCUUAACUUCGUGCAUCAUAAAUUGUUUUGCGAGAGCCAGGGCUUUCCUGACGAAUAUUUUGGGCAGAUUUGUUGUUCCUAUAUAGUAGCUUAUUAAUAGAAAUUCCUGAACUCGUCUGUUGCAUCUAUGUAUGAUAAUUGUUUAGUUAAUAUUUGCCGUUAUGUCUUUACCAAGUUAUCGCUUUUCCUCUCCCUUCUCAGUUUAUUUAUCAGCGCCUCGCGUCGCUAGUCCGUGUUGUUUCCUUCAUUUCCGAAGAUUUAUUGCAUUUUGUUUUGAUUAGUAUAACGAAUUUUUGUGAUAAGCAUAUGUAUCAAUUCCUUAGAAGUCUUUUUUUGCCAUGAAGAAUAAAUAUAUCAACUAUCUUAUAAUCUUAGUAACCAACAUUACUACUAAUAAUAAUUCAUUUUCUUAUUAUUUAUAUUUACAAUUAUCUUAAUUAUGUUGUUAUUUUUUCGGUUAAGAUUUAAUUGAACAGAUUUACUUAAUUUUACUACACACAAAAGCAUCGCAGCAAUUAUUAUUCUUUCGUCGUGGUUCAUUCUGUUAACUUACUGUAUUAGCUGCUUCGUACCUCGCAGCUCAUUUCCUCGUUUCUGUAGAAAAGUAACUUAUUUUCCUACUUAUUUAAAUGUACGCAUACAGAUCCACUACUUAAGUUAUUAAGACAAUUUGUUUUAAGAUAAUAUUACUUCGUUGUCAGUUCUUAUGUAUAACAAAGAAUAUGUGUAGUUUAUAAUCCUAACAUAAUUCUUUGUAUUUUGACUUUGUCACAACCCUUUGUUAUUAACAAACUUAUGGGUAAAAGGGACAUGUAAACCAUAUAAUGAAAUGUUACUCUUUUUUGUGUUCUUACUGUGUAUAUUGAACACUGCUUCAACUUUCUUUCCGCUCAGGCUAUUUUUACUCUAGAUUGUGGUAUUUUUGUGCCUAGGGAAUUGUUUCAUUUAUCAUCUUCUGGCUGUGAAUAAUUUAAGCGCCCUAAUGUACGUCUGUUAUAAAGAUAAAUAUAGAUAGAUCAGUAUUUCCUUAAUUUAUAUUAGGAGCAACGUCCGUAAAUGUUUUACUCAAACUGUUACAACAUAUUGUUUUAUUUAAAAAGAUUUUUCAACUAUACUCUUCUUAAGUACAUUGUGAGCAUUAUUAAUAGUGAAGUCAAAUGUUUAACAUAAAUAUCUGAUACAAAUC